GAGAAUAUAAGAGUUAUGAUUGUCUUCCCCCUCAUGUGGUCCUUGUCAUUGCAGAAGGACCGGCGACUCUCGGGAAUGGACUCCUCCUCCAGGCGCGUGGUGAUUAACGUCGGAGGCGUCAGAUUUGAAACCUUUGCCAGCACACUGCUCACCUUCCCGGGGACCAAGCUGUCCGCCUUGGCCGAGCCCAGCCCCGGCGAAUCCGGAAACUACGACCCCCAGCGCGGCGAGUUCUUCUUCGACCGGAACCCCGAGGUCUUUGGAUCCGUCUUGGACUAUUACAGGACCAAGCACCUCCAUUGCUCGGGGAACAUGUGCAGGGCGGUGCUCCUGGAGGAACUGGCCUUCUGGGGGGUGAGCUUCGCUCGGCUGUCUCACUGCUGCUGGCUGAACAUCUACAGCAAGUCCCAAGCCGUGGAAGAUGUGAGCUCCUGGGAUCAGGCGGGGCCCAGCGAUGAGCAGAUCCUACUGCAGACAGGCGGCCCGCGGGACCGCGGCUGGGGGGGGCGAUGGCGGCCCAAAGUCUGGAACCUCUUCCACAAGCCGCGCUCUUCCCUGGCAGCAAUGGGUGUCACCGCCAUCUCCCUCCUCUUCAUCAUUGGAGCCAUCAUCAUCUACUUUGAGGAGACCAAGCCCCAUUUCUCACAUGCACAGAACAAGUCUGACUCCUGGGAAUAUGACCCUUCAGUCCAUAUGGAGGUGGUGUUUGAGAUCCCCUCUUACCUCUUCUACCUGGAACUGUUUUGUGUGUUCUGGUUCGGGUUGGAGCUCGCUACGCGUUUCUUCUUCUGCCCCAACAGAAAUAAGUUCCUGAAGAGUCCUCUGAACUGGGUGGACUUCCUUUCCCUCUUUCCGGUCUUCGUUGAGCUGAUGGCCAGAGGCCCGAUGGAGAAGACGGACAAUGUCUGGAAGGUCCUGGGAUUGAUCCGGAUCGUCUACAUCCUGAAACUGUUCAGACUGGUGCGUCUGAUGGAGAGCAGCCUUGUCCUGAGGGUUCUGUCCGGGACUCUGAGAGCCAUCACCCGCGAGAUCUUCAUCCUCAUGCUCAUCCUGGCCUUGGAAUGUCUUUUAUUUGCUGCUUUGGCCUUCCACUUAGAAUGGUCCAGUAUGGAAGAUCCGAAUAGUCAUGAAGUCUUCAAGGAUAUCUAUAGCAGCUGCUGGUGGGCCAUCAUUACGCUGACCACUGUGGGUUACGGCGAUCUUUAUCCCAUCACCACGGCGGGCCGCAUAGUAGCCAGCCUGGCCGCCAUUUCCGGCAUUCUGACCAUUGUCUUGCCCAUUCCGAUUUUAAUGAUUAAGUUUCAGCAUUAUUAUUCCAUCGCUCUGGCCAAAGAGAAGCUGAAACUCCAGAAAAUGUUGUAGAUUCCUAGAUGGACCUUACUGAUGUCUUAUAUAUAUAUCCUAUAUUAAAAUACUGGAAUGUGCUGUA